AUGUCGGGUUUCGCCGACCUUGCCAGGCGUCGCCAGAUUUGGGCAGAUUUGUGCGCUUCUCCCGAUGUGGUUCACGCACGUCCACGCCUGUCCACGCCUGUCCACGCGCACUUGCGGUUUUCCAUUCGAACCAACAUGGCUCCCGGACCACGAAGCUCAAUGCGCAUCCACUUCCUCGUCGUUGGCGAGCCCAACGAGAAAUGUCGGGUCUCGACCGUGAAUACGCCCAGGGGUGAAGUGUAUCCCACAAGGGGCACGGGCGAGACCAUCGAAAAGCUCAUCCACGAAAUACGAGGCAGCUUUCGCAAAACCUCGUCGAUCAACUUUGACCCCCUUGACAUUGACAUUUACCGGGCCAACAUGUAUCGAUACCUGGAUUUGAUCCAUACCGCGCAGACGUGCCAGAGUUUAUUCCCGAUAAACUAUUAUUACCCCAAGGCCGAGGGAGACCCGAAAUGUGUUGCUUUCCUGGUGAAGAUGGGUCGGGUCAUAGAAAACAACCUUGCGCCCCCGGAGGAUGAACUCGACGAUAAGCCUCGCGAACCCAAGUGGUAUUGGGACUGUUUGCAAAGACUCCAACACGCGGUGCGGAAGCUGGGACCUCCUCCGCAUAAUGCCAAGGCGGCUGCCUUUCCCCGGUAUCAGAAAGGGCUUGCCAGGAUCCUCGACGGGCAAAGGGAUGGUGCAGCCUUCGGCAACAAGGCCCCCCCGAUUGAGCUUUAUAACCCCGUGUUCGCACAAUUACGCAAGGACCUGUUCAACAAGGACACCCCAGCCUCUGUCGAGAUGGUUAGAUUGACGCAGACCCUGAUGUCGUCCUUGUCUUGUCUGGAGAACGACGAGCCGGAGCGCGCCGAAUGCGCGAGAGAACACAUUUUCCAGUUGCUCGGAACGGACUCGGUCGGAACCGUCAACCUCGAACAUACCUCGCCCGACCGUCACUGCGCCGUCUCCCUGUCGGUGUCGUUGGACACGUCGUCUGAGGGCACCGUGGCACCUUUGAUAGUUGAGGACCGGGCGGAGAUGGGAACCGCGGGGACUGGCCCGGGAGAGCAGGCGGAGCUCUCGUACCUGCAAUACUGGAUGGACCCAUCGGCGAGCGCGGCGCCGCGCGAGGAGCUUCUCUACGCGAGCUGCUGCCCGAGCAUCCGCCUCGCGAUCGCGGGCCCCCACGUGUGCGUCAUGGGGGCCGUGUUGCUCGACCGGGUGGACGUGCAGCGUUUCACGGGUUGGAUGUACGUCGGCGAGGACGACGCUGACGGGCAGGACUUCCCCAACGAUCUGGGCGUCGUAUGCGCAGACAGGCUGGCGCUGGUGCUCGUGUCCCUCGGCCAUGCCGUCGAGCGACUCUGCGCGUGGUACCAGACGAAUGUCAAGCCAGGCCGCCGCUCCUUUGCUCGAUUCUUCCCGAGAAUCGCCGGUUCUCCAAGCACGAGCGCCGGCGAGGAGACCGGGUUUGUCUACCUGAGGGGGCUCCAGCCGCACGCGGCGUGCAAGACGCUCCUCGCGCAGAAGCAGGGCAGCGCGGGAAACGCGGGCCUGCUCGUGGUCGGGUUUGCGGAGACCUGCGGCAGGGAGGUGCACGAAUUCGUGGCAUCGAAGGCGCUGGCCCCGCCGCUGCAUCACUGUGCUGCGCUCGCGGAGCGGUUUCGGGGUCUCAGCUCCAAGGGCUUGCAGAUGGUCGUGAUGGACCGUGUGGACGGGGUGACGCUGGAAGAUAAGUACGGGGGUUCGGUGCUCACCGCCGCCGUGGAGGCUUUAUCGCGGGCGGGGUGGGUGCACGGGGACAUCCCGCCACCGAACGUGGUGGUCGACGGCGAGAGCAACGUCGUGAUCGUCGACUAUGAUUAG